CUCGGGAUGAAAUCGGGUACAAACCCGACUUGAAGCCACAGCAACAAGUUUAAUCCAACUAAUCCUCAACUCACUUAUCCUUUAGAAUAGUCUUGUUGCCUACCUAUGUUACGUUGAUGCCUAGUGAUUAUAUCGCCACUUAAACUACACGUCCACUUGCGCAUCGAGCCAUGCUGGACUCUCAAACAAAAUAGAGCUGAGCAUUAACAGAGCUAAGCAUUUAGGCAGCAGGAUGAUACAAAGCAACUGAAAUUUCUCCUUCGCGUUCAGAUGCAAUAACCCUACCCAGGUAAUCAGCAGUUUCAUCAGGAGCGUUUUACAGUUGUCUUCAUUUCGCUCCUUUUUUCAUAUUUUUCAUCGUCAACCAGUUGGCUACCUGGGUCUAUGGAUAUCCCUUGGCAGGCUUCUACUCCUAUGGUCACUUAAACACGCCAGUCCGAUAGUACAUAACCCGACCUUGACAAGAGGAUUACAACCCAUCUAAACAAUGGACAUUAUUCACCGUGGUCAUAUGUUUCAAUUAGGCCUAGCUGGAAAACCUGUUACCAUAUCUCCCUCUGGCGGGGCAAGAAGCCUUGAAAGUUUACCACCAGAAAUACAUCUCCUGAUCAGUCAACAUCUCACGUAUCCGGACGCCUUAUCUCUAAAGCAUGCCAGUAGAUACUUCUACUGCCUUGUUGAUACCGGGCUUAAGCUCAAGGUGGAUUGGCUGAUCGAGCGUCGGAGCUUGCACUUAGAGUGUCCAAACGAUCGUCGCUGCGACCUGGGAAGCGACUUGAAGUUCUGCAGAGGUAGCGUCAGGUUACUCAUGCAGCGGCGCCGCGAACACGCAGAAUGUGAAUCCCGUCCCGGUUUAGGGUGCCUCGUAUAUGGGACGGCAAAAUGUGCACAUCGGCGCCAGCUAAAAUGGCGCAUCAAGCGAUGGCUCCGUUCCCGUCUUACCAUCGAACUCUGGUGGUGUCUAGUUCCCUUAGUUCCCGUUCUUUUAGGAUGUCUAUGGGUAGCAGAAUUCGCAAGAUGGCACGCCGAAGAAUGAAUUGGAUUUAGCGGGUUAGGCAUUAUAAUACCGAAAUGACUAUUUAGCCAUCUUAUAUAAUUUCACAGUCUUGACAGUUAAAGAGUUGACACGAACUGAUAUAUAUAUACAUUGCCCCUUUGAUACUCUACACUAGACCUGAAGCUACCUCUGUAUCUUAAUAUAUGUUGAGUCGUCUCUAGAUGUAACAUUCGGGGACCAAAAGCGUAAUAGAUACUUGUCCUCGUGAAUAUCAUAGAGAAAUUAUAGGUUGGUUGAGGGGU